AUGGCCUCUAUUCGCGUUCUUUCCUUCGAUGCUGAGGGCCGUCCCGUGCAGUUCACUUCCUGGCUCGACGACCUGCAGUUGUAUCUUAUGAGCAAUAGCACGGACCACAUCUCCCUCUAUGACUACGCGUCUGGUGCUGCCGCUGCUCCUGCUGCCACAGCCGAGCUUAGUGUUCGUUCCCACUGGCAGACUCGUGACGCAGCUGCUCGCCUAGCCAUUCGCAGUCACCUGCCGCUAGCUGAGCUCGAGCAUUUUGGCGACUGCAAAUCCGCUAAGGCCCUGUACGAUGCUGUCGUUGCUCGCUACUCCUCGCCUGCCACAGCCGAGCUUAGCCGCCUCAUGCUGCCGUACCUGUUCCCCGAUCUGUCCACCUUUACUACAGUCGCCGAUCUUAUCACCCACCUUCGCACUAGUGAUGCUCGCCUGCGUGCCGCCCUUCCCACCGAGUUCUGCGCUAAGAACCCCCCUCCACUGUACUGGACACUCCACUUCAUAGUCACCCGUCUCCCUGACACCCUCCGCUCAGUUCGAGACCACUUCCUUGCUCGCUGUCCCACUGAGCUCACAGUCGCCCUCCUAGAGGAGCAGCUGCUCGCGGCCGAAAAGAGCAUUGUAGCUGUCGGUGCUGCUCGUGGCGCUCCUCGCACCCCCAUCUUUGAGGGGUGUUCUCCCUCUCCCCUCGCUCCCUCCUACACUGCUGCUGCUGCUGUUGACUUCCUUGGUGCUGAGUCUGUUGGCGCUGCUUCUGCUCCUGGUGGGAGGCGCCGCACCGGCAAGGGCAAGGGGGGCAAGGGUGGUGGUGGUGGCGCUGGGGGGGGAGGAGGUGGGGGAGGUGGGGGGGGAGGCGGUGCUGGAGGGAGCGGUGGCGGGAGCGCUGGUGGGAGUGGGGUCGGUGGUGGAGGCGGGGGCGGCGGAGGAAGCAGUGGCAGUAGUGGCGGCGGCGGCGGUGGCGGUGGCGGCGGUGGCGGCGGUGGCGGUGGUGGCGGUGGCGGCGGUGGCGGUCGGAGCGGUGGUAGUGGUGGCGGCGGAGGUCGGAGUGGAGGCACUGGCUCGGGCCAGAGCUCCCAGCAGCAGCAGCGUCCCCAGACGACCCAGCAGCUUCGUGAGUGGCUUGCUCAGCGUGGGACGUCGGGGGGCAGUGGCCGCUGUUCUUAUGUCAUUCGCACAGGUGACCGCAAGGGACAGACGUGUGGGAGGUUCCACACCCCGUACCGCUGCUUCUCCCGCCUUGACGACGCUUGGCGUGAGGAGAUGGGUGCGGAUGUUGAGCGCCCCCGCUGGGCUGAGCUCAUGAGGGCUGGUGUCGAUGUCUUUGCUCUUGACUAUGAUGCUAUUAUUGCUGCCAUGUAUGCAUUGACUGUUAGUGCCGAGGGAGACUGUUACUUGUGUGUGCCGCCUGACCCAGGUAUAGAGCCCGCUGCCCUGGGUACUAGUGAGUCUGCUCUCUCUGGUAUGGUGCCCCCUGUACUUGCUCCCUCCAGUGCUGUCCCGGCUGGUUUCGAGUCUGCUCUCUCAGGUACAGCACCCACAGAGACUGCUCUCUCAGGUACCCCACCGGCUGAGGCCUGUCACACCUUCACCCUUGACUCAGGUGCUUCCCGUUGCUUCUUUCGUGACAGUACUGAGCUCACACCGCUUCCUGCACCGGUCCCAGUCUCCUUGGCUGACCCCUCUGGGGGCCCAGUCCUUGCCCAGUCCACCACUGUCCUCCCUUGUCCGGCGGUUCCGUCUGGCUCGUUGUCGGGUUUCCACCUCCCCUCGUUCUCGACGAACCUGGUGAGCAACGCUGUCCUCCAGGAUCAGUGGGUUGACACCUUUACCCCUGGAGGACAGCGUGUGGCGAUCUGCACGUGCUCCAGGACCGGCCGUCACCUGGCUACGUUUACCCGUCGGCCGGGGUCGAGUCUCUACACACUGACCACUGCGUCUCCUCAGGUCGCUGCUGUCGGUCAGGUGUCUGCGUCAGGUCUGGUAGCCCACGCCUGUGAGUGUCGUUCCCUGUCGCACCAGACUCUUCUCUGGCACCACCGCCUGGGUCACCCCUCCUUGCCACGCCUUCGUGGCAUGCACCGUCGCCACCUUGUGUCUGGUCUUCCCAGGUCCCUCCCUCCCCUCCCUGCCUCGCCUGCGCCGCCUUGCCUUCCUUGCGUCGAGGGGCGGCAGCGCGCCGCUCCUCACUCCUCCUCGUUCCCCCCGACAGAGGCUCCUCUGCAGACCCUCCACCUGGACGUGUGGGGCCCAGCCCGCGUUCGUGGACGGUGA